AUGCCGAUGGACAACCAAACAACGGUCACUGAAUUCCAUAUUCUAGCAUUUGCCAUCCAAGCAGAGAAAAAGACCCUUCUUUUCUUUGUUUUUUUCUUCAUUUACAUGACUGGAGUAAUAGGAAAUCUAACCAUAAUUCUGCUGGUUUCUAUGGUCACAAAUUUACAUACUCCAAUGUAUAUUUUUCUAGGAAACUUAUCCUUUAUUGACAUCUGUUUUACUACUGUUGUUCUUCCAAAGUUGAUGGAUAUUUUAAUUACCGGCCGUAACUCAAUAUCAUUCAGACAGUGCCUAACACAGACUUACUUUACAGUUUUCUUUUCAAGCACUGAGGUAGUCCUGUUGUCCUUCAUGGCUUAUGAUCGUUACCUUGCCAUCUGUAACCCAUUAAGCUAUCAUGUUUUAAUGAAUAAUGAAAAAUGUGUCAUUAUUUCAAUAAGCCUGUGGACAAUUGGAUGUGUGAAUUCAUUUAUUCUUACUGGUUUUGCCUCUGAAUUACCCUUUUGCAAGUCAACCACUCUUCAGCAGUUAUAUUGUGAUAUUAAAGCCCUAGAAAACAUUUCCUGUGACAACACAAUAUUAAAUAGUAUAAUCACUGUAGAAGCUAUUCUACUUGUAAUUUUUCCAUUCUUCUUGAGUCUAAUUUCUUAUAUAAAAAUCAUCAUUAGUAUCCUGAAAAUGGCAUCAAGAGACAGUAAAAGAAAAGCCUUUUCGACUUGCACAUCCCACCUCACUGUUCUCCUCAUUUUCUAUGGAACUAUUUCAUGUGUGCAUAUGGGGUCACCGUCGGAGCAAACAAGACAAACAGACCAGAUGUUCUCUGUGCUGUAUACAGCAGUGACCCCCAUGUUAAACCCUCUAAUAUACAGUCUUAGGAAUAAAGAAGUACAUAAAGCUUUGAUGAGUAUUUUGCAUGUUAAAGGGACAAUCUAG